AGGGUGUGGAGGAGGGAAGGAGCGAGAGAGAGCGGGCAAACAAGAUGGAGCGAUAGAGACGGAGUGAAAGAAAGAGGCUGAUCAGGCAGAAAAUGUUGUCAUUGGCUCCCAAAUAGAAAAAAAAGAACAGGACUGUACUGUAUAUUUACCACCAUCUCCUGAACCAGACAGAUGACUAGAGCGAGGGUGGGAGCGAGAUAGAGCGAGAGAUAUUGGCUUUAUGUAGGAGGGAGGAGACUAAUCGCAAGGUGAAGGGAGGGAGCAGGACCACCAACAACACUGGAAACACUGCUAGGGGCACCAGAAGCAAGGAGGGAGCAGCCGAGAGACGGGGAGAGCGCUACGACUGCCUGAACAGAGUGGUGGGCUGAAUAACAGGAGGAGAUCUGAGAGAGGAGGAGAGAAAAAAGACUGGACGCUAGACUGUAAAGGAAACAAAAAAACAGAGAGAAAGCUUGAAAGGAGGAGCUGGGAGCCGAAAUGGUCAGAUAGUUUGAAGAGCAGACAGAUGACCGCGUUUUACUUCCUGGUGGGAGAGUUUUGCAUCCCUGUUUUCGUGCGUUGUGUAUCAAUGGAUACACAACACCUGUUAUUUUGAGAUAGAUGAUGGGUGUAACAGUUUACAGCCGGCGCGUGUUCGGACAGUGUCUGCAGCGGUUUGCCUGUACCUGCACAGAGUUUGACCUUCCUUAGUCAGCAAGCAAGAGUGAGACUGCGGAGAGAGGAAAAGAAGAGAGGGAGUGUCUACAGCAAGAGACAGAGGGAGUCAGUUAAAGUGGAGUAGCAGCCGUGGGAGUUGUUGUAUCGUGCUUCGUGUGCCGGUGCAACCUGCACUGUGCAUGUUGUUCACCUGGAAGGAAGGAGGCAGCGUGAAGAAUAGAUUUGAUCCAUAAUUAGUGACAGCUCCCUGUCCUCCCCCAUAACUUAACAGAAAUGACCUCAACUUGGGUCUCUAUUUCUUGACAAAAUCUCUCGGUGAAAUGCAUUUUUGAGGUAUUUUAAACGCACCUCUCGGCUGCAGCGCUUAAAAUUUUCUGGAACGAUGGAUACGUCGGGCAACCCCCAAGGUUGCCCCGCACGUGCUCCCAUCAGGGUGGGAGAGUCCAGGAAGGAGGACCCUAAAGUGGGAGACGGGUUGAGAAUGGGGGAGAGAGAAGCCCCGCUGAGGCUGUCGCCCUUCCGCAUGCUUCGAGUGCUAGACUCGCGUCGUGCCCCAGGAAUCCAUAUCGGUAUCGUCCAUGAGAAUGUGAAGAUGGGUUCAGAUGGAGAGAGCGACCAGGCGUCCGGGACGUCUUCUGAUGAGGUCCAGAGUCCGGUCAGGGUUCGCAUGAGGAACAACCACCAUCGGCGCAUCUCUAAUGAAGACAUAAACAAGCGUCUGUCUCUCCCAGCUGAUAUCAGGCUACCGGAGGGCUACUUGGAGAAGUUUGCAAUGAACAGCCCGCCCUUCGACAAACCCAUGAGCCGCAGGCUACGACGUGCUUCACUGUCUGAAAUCGGCUUUGGGAAACUUGAGACCUACAUCAAACUGGACAAACUAGGAGAGGGGACCUAUGCUACUGUGUUUAAGGGUCGAAGCAAGUUGACAGACAAUUUAGUGGCUCUGAAAGAGAUCCGACUUGAGCACGAGGAGGGAGCCCCCUGCACGGCUAUCCGAGAAGUGUCUCUUCUGAAAGACUUGAAGCACGCCAACAUCGUCACUCUCCAUGACAUUAUCCACACUGACAAGUGCCUGACACUCGUGUUUGAGUACCUGGAAAAAGACCUGAAGCAGUACAUGGACGACUGUGGGAGCAUCAUGAGUGUUCACAAUGUCAAGAUCUUUCUGUUCCAGCUGUUAAGAGGUCUGGCGUACUGCCACAGAAGGAAGGUUCUCCACAGAGACCUCAAACCCCAGAACCUGCUCAUCAAUGAAAAAGGAGAGCUCAAACUGGCAGACUUUGGUUUGGCCCGAGCCAAGUCCGUCCCUACGAAGACCUACUCAAAUGAAGUUGUUACAUUAUGGUACCGACCACCAGAUGUGCUUCUAGGCUCCACUGAGUACUCUACACCCAUUGACAUGUGGGGUGUGGGCUGUAUCUUUUAUGAAAUGAUCACCGGCAGACCUCUUUUCCCGGGAUCGACUGUGGAGGAUGAGCUUCACCUCAUAUUUCGCAUCCUUGGUACCCCUACUGAAGAGACUUGGCCAGGUAUCACCACCAGUGAAGAAUUUAAGACGUACAAAUUCCCCCAGUACCGCCCAGAACCCCUCGUCAACCACGCACCCAGAAUAGACAACGACGGUCACGACUUGCUCUCAAUGCUCCUACAGUUUGAGGCAAAGAAGCGAGUAUCGGCUGAGGACGCUCUCAAACACUCAUAUUUCCGAAGUCUUGGAGAUCAGCUUCAGACACUAGCUGACACUGCGUCCAUCUUCUCCUUCAAAGACAUCCAGCUCCACAGAGACCCAGGAAAGAGAUCCUCAGUCUACCCAGAGUCAACCCAGGGAAAGAGCAGGAGGCAGAGUGUGUUGUUUUAGUGCUGCCGGGGGGGCGCUGAGGCCCAGAGGACAGUGACACCUGGAGCUGUCCUCCCAGACAUACAUUCACUGACCCUGCCACACACGCUGGAGGAGCGACACACAUCCUGCCGUAGAAACACACAAACAUGCACACACACACAUUGAAAAACAAAACCACACAGAACUAAGGCUGAAGAAUUCAUACUUGACAUAAAAAAGAAUAUAAACUUAGAGUUCAACCCCAAAGACUGAAGAAUGAGUGAGCGUGCGUGGUGCUGGACAGAAAGUGUGAGAGGACAUGAUUCUCCUUGCUGCUGUUACCGCUGCUGACCAGAGGAGGGCAUCGUUUGGGAUGUGCGGGCUGACUGGGUCUUUGGAACAGAUCUUUCUGCAUCACUGAAAUGUGGGAGAGAAGGAACUCGAGGAGACACGAUUCAAAGACAAAGAACGAGAGAAAGAAACCCUGUUGCUCCUUCUCAUUUGUGACUUCUGUUCUCUUCUUGGACUGUUGUUGUACAUAAAGAGACUGAGCUGUAGAACGCAUUUUCAUAACAUGCCUCAGCCUGAAUUCAAACUCUGAAUAUUGCACCGCAGCCCCAGACCCUCGCCUUCUUGGCCCCCCAAACACACACACACACACACACACACACACACACACACACACACACACACACACACACACACAUACACAUCUCUCUUUCUCUAUCUUCCUGCCUCUCUCUCAAAUACACGAACAUAGACACACACACACACACACACACACACAUAAGAUAGCAAGAGUGUGUAGAUCAUUGAGGUUUACAGAGUUAAACUUUAGCACCUUAUCGUCAGGAGGUCAGGGUGGUUGUUAUUAAGUUACCUCAUCAGUCACUCGAGCAGAGCAGGGUGUAAAGUACGCGCUAGUUAUUAGAGUGAAGAAGAAUCAAUAUGAGAAACCAAAAAAAAUGUAUUGGACACCACCACACUACAGUUAAAAGCACUGCUACUCACUGACACAGUAGUAGGCCAUGGCUUCAUUUGUCACACACUCGUAUAGAGCACUAAGCCACAAUGAUGCUCCUGUUUCAGUACGCGAGAAGGACAACACUGAAGGACGGAGGGGUAAAGGAAGUGUACAAAUCCUCACAUGCUUAUUGUUAGACACCCCCUUCCUCUUUUGCCUUGACUCAGACGUUGUCUUGAUUUGUUGUAUUGUGUCCACAGGUGUUGAUGAUGAUGUUCUCUUUGCACCUGAUUAUUUACCUCUGUAGAUCAACCAUUCGACAAACCCGACCUUCUCAUGCCCAACUCCAAGUGCAUUUGUUUUUUUUGUUCCUUUGAAAAAAAAAAAAAAAAAAGAAAAAGUUUCUGUAUAUAUAUGAACCUAAUUUUUACUUGUCUGAAGCAAUGAUAAUUCCAGGAUGCUGUUCUCAGUCUUUACUGUGUUCUCACUGGAGCAGCAACUGCCUGGGGACGUGUUGCACAUUCCUCGAGCUCAGGACUUAUUGCUAGUGUCGUUUUAUGAAUGCUGCGAGGUGCAGCUGGUCUUGUAUGUGCCCCCCCCCCCCCCCCCCCAAAGUAGAACGGAGUAUAUGUCGGACAUGGCUUGAAAUUAUUCAAUCCUUUUUUCUGAAGUGUAUGUGAAGGAGAAGAAGAAUUUCUCAGCAUCAUUUCGUCGGUCUUCUGUGUUAGUUUGCCCAUAACGUUGCUGUUCAGAGACUUACCCGUGUCUUUACUCGUCAUCUCCUGUUUGCACGUUAGCACACUGAUGCUUUUUCAGUUGGUAUGUGAAAGAGCUGCUGCUGGAAAACAAAAUGCCUGCAGUCGGUUUUAAAUUCAGGACGGUCCUUUAUUUUACUACAGGAUCUUCUGACGCCAAAUGCCACAUUAACCUGUUUAUAGAGUGUGGAGACGGUACCUUCAGUUGAAAUUAAUCACAUCUACAGUGUGAUGUGCUGCCGGCAUUGGGACCAGAUAGUUUGUAUGACGAAUCUGACUCAACCUGGGGGGUAUGAAGUACAGUAAAUACUUUCAGGUCGCCUGUUUAACUGGGCACCGAAGCCUCUUUGAGUAUUUCAAGCUCAGACACACUGUUGUUUCAUGCUGUUAUUGUUGCAGACUGCCAGAAACAACAGGACCAAAGUCCAUCCUCCAAGCACCACAGGUCUUCAAGCACACAACUGUUUCACACACCAAUAGGUUGACGUAUCCUGUAUCUCGGCUGUAGAGGAUGUAGAUUAGAGUCUCCUGCUCCCCCCCCCGGGCCCCGACCUCGGGUCACUCGUGCAGCGUUUUCUCUCGGUGCGGGUUCGGAAAAGGCGAAGUGAUCCCACGUCUGUGCCUGUAAGAAGGACUACUUAUUCACCCAGAGUGUGACAGUAUGUAGCAUGUACAUAGAAGAUCCCUCACUCUGUAUAUACAAACGUGUACAGGUUUGAUACAGCUAUUCACAUUCUGGCUUUUUCUUUGCGAUUCUUUAAUGAAAGUCAUAGCAAUAUUUCUGUAAUCAAUAAAACGCCAAGGUAAUAGGAUGAUUGGAUUUGUGCUUAUUUAGAGAGGUGGAAGUGACUGUGAAUGAUCAAACUGUGAGACUUGACUUUACCGAUGACAGGUUGUUGUUGUUUAUUUUUCCUUUUUUUUGCUGUAUAACCUGCUGGAUCGAAAAGGCUGGAAGUGAAGUAUCACGUUGCAAAGGAGUAUAACAUACUGAUAGUUUUGAUUUUUAUCAAUGAAAGCCAUAAUUCUCAUAUACAGGUUACAAAAGGUCUGAUUGUGUGUGGUGGGUGUGUAUCAUGCUUGAACACAGACCUUAAGAAACAAAGGGGAUGUGUACACAGAAUAAAGAAUUAAAAUAACAA